UGACAAAAUGGAACCCACCAGCAGUGUGAGGAGACCUGAAAGUGGCACAUGGCAGAAUGUGGCGAUGGAGACAGCAGCAAUGGGAGGCCGUACAGGGACCCAUGACACACUCUGGACCUGGCAGCAGCAUGAGGAGGCGGUACGGGGGCCCAUGGCAGAUUACGGGCCUGGCAGCAGCAAUGGGAGGCCCGUAAUCUGCCAGCACCCUAUGACAAAAUGGAACCCACCAGCAGUGUGAGGAGACCUGAAAGUGGCACAUGGCAGAGUGUGGCGAUGGAGACAGCAGCAAUGGGAGGCAGUACAGGGACCCAUGACACACUCUGGACCUGGCAGCAGCAUGA